AUGUCUCUGCUCUUUUCUACGCCACCAGAAUCGGUUGUGAUCUCCAAAUACAGAAAACAGAAAUCCUUGUCUCACAUUUCUAGCCAUAAAUAUGUGUCUCUGUGUCAUUUUCACCUUUUAAAAUUUCUUUCUUUCUUCUUUCCUUCUUUCUUUCUUUCUUUCUUUUUUCUUUCUUCUUUCUUCUUUCUUUCUUUCUUCCAUUCUUUCUUUCAUUCUUUCUUCUUUCUUUCUUUCAUUCUUUCUUUCUUUCUUUCUUUCUUCUUUAUUUCUUUCUUUCUUUCUUUUUUUUUCCUUCUUUUUCUUUCUUUCUUUUUCUUUCCUUCUUCUUUCUUUCUUUAUUUCUUCUUUCUUUCUUUCAUUCUUUCUUCUUUCUUUCUUUCUUUCUUUCAUUCUUUUUUCUUUCUUUCUUUUUUAUUUCCUUCUUCUUUCUUUCUUUCUUCUUUCAUUCUUUCUUCUUUCUUUCUUUCUUCUUUCUUUCUUUCAUUCUUUCUUCUUUCUUUCUUUCUUUCUGGUCUGUUAGAAAUGGCGCUGUAUCGUUUCCUGUCUUUUAAUUGCAAACACGAAACCAAUCUCGAACAAGAACCCUCUCUCUCUCUCUCUCUCUCUCUCUAUCUAUCUAUCUAUCUAUCUAUCUAUCUAUCUCUCUUUUCGUCUUAUCUCUCAUUCUACUACCUUUCUCUCGUUCUUUUUGUCGUCUUUUUUUUAUUUUCUUUACUCUCUUUUUCUCACUUUCUCUAUCGCUCUCUCCAUCGCUUGUCUUUUUUCGGAGUCUUUUCUCUUACACACAAUUCUCAUUUUGGUCUUUCUCUCUUCCAUAUUCUCAUUCAUAAUCUUUUCUAUUUCUCUGUUUCUCUUUCUCCCUCUUCCACUCUCAAUUGCUCUUUUUCUACGACAUUUCUACUUUUUUUCUCUUUUUAUUUCUCUCUCACUUUCUCUCUAUCUCAUUCUCUCUCUCUCUCAUUCUUUUUCUGCGUCUUAUUGUUUACUCUCUAUAUCUUUUUCUCUAUUGUUCUUUUCCUUCGUUUUUUUUUUUUGUUUUUUUUAGUCUCUUUUUCUCUCGCUAUUUAUCGUUGUCGCUUCUAUUUCUUUUCCUCUCUGUAUCUAUCCACCCCGUUGUCUGUCUUUUAG